GACUUGGACCGGUCAAUCCGCAUAUACCCCGAAUCGCCCGGGAAAUACUCUAUUGCGCGCCCUGGCGCAUUCACCGGUGGAUGGGACCGCCUGUGCCUGGAACGAAGAUGACGACGGGCUUGGCUAGCUAUAUAAUGGGACGAUGAGGAUGAACCCUGCAACACAUCCGAAUCUCGAUGACUCUUGGACCCACCUCCACCGCUAGCGACGCUGUUGAGGCUCUCUCCUCCCAGAUUCAAGGGAAAAACGUGCUCGUGACGGGCACGACAAUCGGUGGCCUCGGUUUCGAAACGGCGCGCUCAAUCGCCAAGUACGCGAAUCUGGUAAUUAUUACAGGAUAUAACGACGCGAGACUGAAGGCUGCAGCGGAUGCGAUUAAGCAGGAGUUUCCUGGGACGGGUGUCCGCACGCUCAAACUCGAUCUGACGUCCUUCGAGGAUGUUCGGCGUGCGGCAGCUGAAGUCCUCAUCCACAACGCCUGUGCCCCGUUUGGGCCUCUGGUGCUCACCCCCGACAAGCUCGAGCGUCAGAUGCAGGUCGCGUACAUCAGCCCAUUCCUCUUCACCAAGCUCGUCAAGGAUAAGCUACUCGCGGCGAAGACGGAGACCUACGUACCCCGCGUCGUCGUGCUCGGCAGCUUGGCGCACAAGAUGGGCAAGGGUGAGAUUAAUCUCGAUGGGUUGGCUGCUCCCCUGGAAAGUGAAUACGACGCGCACGGGAGAUAUCAGGAGGCCAAGACGGCGGAUAUCCUGUUCGCUGGAGAGCUCUCCCGGAGGUCCCGCGGUAGCAUCUCGGGGACGACUCUGCAUCCAGGAUUGAUUCUGACGAAAAACUUCUCGCCGGAUUCCGAAUCUUGGGACACGCUCAAGGCUCUCGGUAUUAUGUUAGAAGACGGGUCCGUGAACCCCGCUGUUCCCAAGGAGCUGUUCAAAUCCUUGGAGCAGGGUGUUGCGACGAUCGUCGUCGCUGCUUUCGAUCCCAGUCUCGAUGCGGUCCCCGGUGCCUAUCUCGAAGAUUGUGUCAUCGCGCCGACCAGUCCUGCGGAAUUCGCCACCGAUCCCGUCAUCGCAGCCAAGCUGUGGGUCAAGACUGAGGAGAUCUUGGGCGAGAAGUUUGUCUUCUGAUCGGGGAAUACUGAUUACAUUCGUGCAUGUUUUAUAUACUUAUACGGCAGUGUUCGAUUCUUUGUUGAGAGAAGCAACUGAUAAUAC